UUGACAAGCAGUGGAAUUAUACUAUUCUUCCUGCUUUUGUAAAUUGUUUGCAUUGACGAAAAAAUAAAAUACUACCCUUGCCGUCGAAAUGGGUGCCGGCGAAUCAAUCCCAGAGACUUCCAUCCAUGAAUUCAUAGUCAAGGAUAGUCGGGGAAAGGACGUUGAUCUCAGCAUCUACAGGGGGAAGGUGAUGCUUAUCGUUAAUGUUGCUUCCAAAUGUCUGUUCACCAAUUUGAACUACAAGCAGCUGACAGACCUCUACAGAAAGUAUAAGGACAAAGGAUUUGUGGUCUUAGCUUUUCCAUGCAACCAGUUCUUGCAUCAAGAGCCUGGUACAAGUGAGGAUGCUGCAGAAUUCGCUUGUACCAGAUACCAGGCGGAAUACCCUAUCUUCCAAAAGGUUAAUGUUAAUGGACCAGAUGCAGCACCCAUUUACAAAUUCCUCAAAUCUAAUAAAGGCGGAUUAUUUAGCUCAAGGAUAAAAUGGAACUUCACAAAAUUUCUGGUUGACAAGGAAGGCAAGGUUUCUUGGCGUUACGCCUCAACAACAUCUCCAAUAUCUAUUGAGGGGGACAUCGAGAAAGAGUUGGAGAAGAACGUCAACAGCUUUAAUAUAUAUUGAGGCUCAUUGAUCUCUCUCUAUUGUCCAUUAUAUAUUGGGUAC